AUGGGCAAAAUUUCAGGUCCAAAAUGCGCCUCUAGGAUUUUAUUGAAAUGCCUUGCGAUAAGCCAAAAAUCGAGUAAAACGAUCAUAACUCGGGAACAAAGUCAUAAGGGCCCAAAUCCUUUGGUGGUUCUUGAUACACCAUCGAGUUCUACUUAUGGCCGAAAGAUGAGCUUUAAACUCGUUAAUCACUUCGGGAGGUUCCCUCUUGCGUCGUUCCAUUCCAUUGGAAAUCUCCCUGAAGUUCUACCGAAUGUUUCAUAUGUCAUUAAACAUGAUUUAGAAUUAAUCAAACUACCAAUUAGUACUGUUCUUCACAAAGCACUUCAACUUCCAUCAUCUGGAUUUCCGAAUCAAACCAGUGUGAUGAAUAUUUAUGCAGCGAGAAAUUAUUGGUUGUCGAAUUUGGAUGGAGCUGAACAAUACGUUGAAUGGGGUUAUGAAAAUCUCCUGAAUUUCGAAUUGGUAUUUCAACAAACAAUUCUUCAACUGGCCAUUGGAUACGAAAUCACGUGGAAAGAUCUAUUCGAAUUACUUCGAUAUUACGGUGAUGUGAUCACAAAUGAUUAUUCAUAUCAUCCAGCAGUGGAUGGAAUCAAAAAACGAUCUUGCCAUCCUCAGGAUUGGUUCGUCGUCAACCAACAACCAACUAUUCUAAAGUCAAGAAAUACAACAUUUGGUGGAAGCAAACAAGAUUUAAGUCGAGUGAGUUUUACAAAAGCUUUGGAUAUAAUAUCACGGCAGAUACAAUUUCUCAAUUUGUUAAUGUGGAUGGAUAUUACAGUGCAUCUUUUCCAAGUUUAUUUCAUAGAAAUGGAUUGA